GCUACGUUUUUUGGGAAUGUUUCAGAGUAGCUUUCUUUGACGCCCGAUUUUCCAUCAGCAGAUGGCAAUUACUUAUGUAAACUUUCUAACGCUACAGUUCAAUUGAAAGAUUUACUGCUGUCUUGUGUAAGAGGCUAGCGGAAACAACUGAAGAUAGUCAGUCCACUCUGGCUUUUGGACCGCCGCUAGUUCUCGAGGUCGAAACAGCCUUCUUUUUCUUAAUUCAUUCACUUAACGUGAGUCCAGGGUAAGGGAAGAGUGUUUAAACUCUGUUUGUUUCUAAUUUAUUUUAUUUUAUUUGUUUUUAGCUUCAUUUAGAUAGGCAUUUCAGCUGUGUGAUGAAGAAGGGGAACGCCAGCUCGCUGUGAUUCACUUCAGGUUAUACUCUUCACUGAGUAUAUAGAAGUAAAGGACGGGCUAGGCUUAGUCCAACCGCUGAAAAACCCGCUUCAUCGAGGCUAUGCUUAUUUGCUUGAUCGUCCGUCGUAUCUAUAUGUUGACUAAGGAGAAUGUAAAGGACGCUGCGCUGUUCAUUUCCAAAACAAAAUACGAAUACUGGGAUCUAUGGGAUUUCUUUGAGGAAUUGAAACGAACCAGCAAAAAUUCUAAUCCGCAUUCUUAUCCUGUGAUUUUAGUUGUCGACGAGCACAUCGACUUCAUGUUCUGGGAAAUGUGUAACGUGCACCAAGAAUUUACUCGUGUUGAUUCAAUAACACUUUUGCUGAAAUUAUUUUUCCACCAUCAAGAAAACAUCUCUGAAGGUUACUUCAAUGUUAAAGGAAAGAAGGCCGUUGUGAAUCCAGAUCGUACGGUGCCCGAGUUUGCAGCGACGGCUGUCCCAGUUAUGAAAAUUUUACCCACUGUCUCCUGCAAUUUUUUGGUCGAUAUAGAACCAACAUUUUCGGAUCUUAAAUCGAUGCUUGGCAACUCGGAUGUUUAUGUCUACUGUGGCCAUGGUAGCGGUCUUCACUUUAUAUCUUCCCACGAGACGUGUCAACUGUCCACCAGCGCUGUUGUUUUUUUAAUAGGAUGCUCUUCGGUAGCUUUCCAUUCUCACUGCGGGUACAGUUUUGCGACUGUUACACAUCUCAUUACUAUCAUUUUGCGAAAAGUCCAGCUGUUAUCGGUCAUUUAACAUCAACGUACUCAAUUUAUGGAACGAUACUGUUAAGUCUUAUGUUGGGAAAGUCGUUUUCAAACGUGACCCAAUUGAGUGAUGAUAUAUGGGAUACAUAUAGUCAUUACUGGAGACAGGUUUUAAAGAAGAAUUUAACAGGCACAACAGGUGGUGAAACCGGCCUCAUUAAGUAUUCGCCAUAUUUGUCGAACGUUAUUUCACAGUUGAGACAGAGAUGCAGCAUUCCGAUCUGCUUUCGUGCCAUACUGUGUCAUCGCGGUUUACCAGUUCGAAUGGAUUAAUAGGAAAAACGAAAUGGAAUCAUAAUGAUCACCAUCACAAUUAGGGAAGGGAUUUCGGUAAAAACGAUUUCGGUAAAACCGGUAAUACCGGGAUCCCGAACACCGGUUUUACUAGCUUGAAUACCGGUUUUUUACAGAAAUAGUAAAAGUUGUCGAAACCAACGUAAUUUUCUUGAAAAAUAUCAAUAAACGAAUAAA